AUGCCCGGGUGGAUACAAGGGCUGGGAAACGCGAGGGAAGCCCUGUCCGAAAGGUUAAGGUCUUUCCUGAAGAAGCCGCUGCGGGCCGUCUGGCUCAGCCCCGAGAGUCGUCUUGUGGAAGGAAUGUUACCAGCGUGUUCGGCGGCGGACCUGUCCUUCACGCCGGUCAUCUGCGUGUCCGCUUCAAAGGUUAUCACGCCCGAGCGCCAUCGCGAGCACCACUCCUGGACAUACCUUCAAGGCGCCGGAGACGACGAGGAGCACUGGAGCUCCGGGAUUACCCCCGAGCAGUUCUGGGCCAAUUGCGAGCGUCUCAUGGGCCUGGCGAAGGGCGGCGACAGGGGGGCCUUCGAAGGGGUCGUCGCAGCGCUGAUCACCAGGAACAAGAAGAUGAACGCAAGCAGCCCUUGCGCGGGAGGCACCGAGUCGAGAAGCGGGAGUGGCGCUGCAGGAAGCGAAGAAAGGCCGACUGGAGGAGGCAAGAGUCCGAGCAGCACCGAAGGCCACGACGGAGGGGAGGAUCCAUGGCAACCCGGAGGACCGGAAGUGCACGCGGUUCUCGGUGCCACGGGGCUAGUGGUGGGGAGCGUUGUCUACGCUGCGGGAAACUGGGCUUCUCACGGAACGGACUGCUCCUUGCUUAACCUUAGCGACGAAGCCUUCCCCGAAGAGCUCGUGGAGAGGUUGACUGGCCCAACCAGGCGGUACCUUCAUGUUCCGCUCAAGGGAGGGAAGAAGGCAAAUCCGCCGAGGUAUUGGCAAAGGACGGUCUUUCCUGCGGCUCUGGUGUUCAUCGCGUCCGCUGUCGGGGACUUACGGCUGCCGACGGCACGCAAGGGUAUGGCCACGGAUCAGUCGGCGGCCGUGGUUCAUGGAGAAGCCACGGGGCCGUUGGUCCACGAGGGGGCUCAUCUUGGUGAGGAGGCGGCGGCGAGCCCCGACAGGAGCUUGCCGAGUUACUGCGGUGGGAAGGUCGGAGAAACGAGUGCCGUGGACGCACCCGACCCUACGCAAUUGGAAGGGGCGGGAGGGAUUUCUUCGCCGGCGGAGGCGGACACAAGAGCGAUUGCGACGUCAUCUGCUCAACCACGUUUGCGGCAACAGUGGCAAGCUGAGCGCGGCGGUGCCGGGGUGAUGCCGGGACCGGUCAGCGCGGGCAAGUGCCUCGUAGUGUGUGCCACCGGAGCGGACGCUUCGGUAGUUGUCUGUCUCUGCGCUCUUGUGGCUUUCUUCCCUCCAGGCCCACAAGCAAGCACUAACACACCGUCCGGGAAUCGAAAUCAGCAGCCGCAGCAGCAGCAGCAGCUGCCGUCACCAUCGUCGCGACACGCCCUUGUCGCCGAUGAGACCGACGGCGGCGACUCCGGGCUGUGGUUAGGAGGCGGCAGGUUUUCGGUUCUUCGACGAAGUGCCGCAGGCGUCGUGACCAAGUCCCAGUUACGUUGGCGUUUUUUGCUGAUGCAGCAAGAGUGUCCUUGGGCGCGCCCGCCGCGGCGCUCGAUGCAGGAGCUGAACGAGUACUUCAUGACGCCAGGGGAACACUCUUGGUGGACGUUGAGCGAUCGGUAUCAUCUCGGGGAGGCUGACUCGCUCGAGCGAUUGGAUGCGGUACUCCCGAUGCAUAGAUAG